AUGUCGACCCGCCGUUUGAUUCCGCCGCCGCCGAAGACGCAUGCCCUCUCCAGCACUACCUUCCGUCCUCCUCCGCUGGAUGGCUCUCUUUCAGUCCCCGAGAUGUGGGACUGGCAUGCAGAGCAUUCUGCGAACCAUCCUCUCUUCAGAUACGCUAAAGAUGAUGGUAGCGUACGCACCAUCCCCUGGGGUGAAGUCGUCGGAGCUGCCCUCAGAGCAGCCAAAGUAAUUCAGACCCGCGUGCGGGCUGAGCCUGGCGCAGUGGUAGCCAUCUUUGCGACUUCCGAGUCCAUCGGGUAUGCGACCACUCUUCUGGGUAUCAUGCGUGCCAAUUACGUUGCCUUCCCCAUCUCUGUCCGCAACUCCCCCGCUGCCGUGGCGCACCUCAUCGGCAAAGUGGGAGCUAAGCACCUUCUGGUUAGCGGCGAACAGGCUAUUCGCGACCUCGUUCGGGACGCCUUGGAUAUCCUGAAGUCGCAGGAUGCGGCUUCUGUGCCGGAGACUUCGCCUAUGCUUGUUUUCGAGGAGCUCUACUCUUCGGCCAACGACAUUGUCACCAGCAAGGAUGUCCCUUACGUUUUCAGAGGACCCGAUGCAAUCGGAGUCAUCCUGCACUCAUCCGGCUCGACGGCGUUCCCGAAGCCGAUUUACUGGACACAACACCGCUUCGUUGAACUGGCCCGCGCCGUCUGGUACUCCGAAAAUGAUCUGACUGGCAGGGUGUUCUCGUUGCAUCCGCUCCCAAUGUUCCAUGGUAUGGGUUUCAUGAAUAUGAUGUGGGCAGGUUCGUGUGGGACGGUGCUGGCAGUCUUUGCGCCAUCUUUCCCACCUCGUGUGCCGACUCCCGAUAACGUAAUCCACGCCGCUCAGACCAUCGAUUGCGACACCAUACUCGUUGUUCCGUCCUUCGUCGAGACGUGGGCACGCAAUCCUGAGUAUGUCAAAUGGCUUGCUACCCGCAGAAGCGUGUCCUAUGCAGGCGGUCCCCUUAGUAAAGAUUGUGGAGAUUACUUGGUCUCUCAAGGGGUCCGCGUUGGCAAUGGCUAUGGAACUGCAUCGGAAACCGCUCAACAUGCAAUGGCCGGCACGUGCAGCACUGAGGUUGGUCCCGUUUGCGACAUCUAUACCUCUGAACCGAUCCCGGACUGGGAAUACUUCAAACUCCACUCGGCGAUAUCUAUCAAAGCAUUACCCAUGGGCGACAAUACCUUCGAACUUGUCGUUUUGGCAAACGAAAAUAGUACACCCAGCGUGAUCAACACGAAGGUAGAUGGUGUGGAUGGAUAUGCAACAUCGGAUCUCAUCGCGGCGCACCCCACAUUGGCCGGUUACUGGAAAAUCCUGGGUCGCACAGACGAUCAGAUCAUGCACAGCACAGGAGAGAAGACCAAUCCUGGACCGCUGGAGAACAUUCUUAAGCAGGACCCUCUGGUAUCGGAUUGCUUGAUGUUUGGUCGCGGCCGAUUCCAGGCUGGCAUCCUUGUGGAGCCCAAAAAGGAAUUCGCUUUCGAUGCCUCUGACAAAGUCCUCCUUGCGGAAUUCAGGAACAAGAUUUGGCCGUCAGUUGAGAAGUUAAACGCAUACGCUCCGCAGCAUUCCAGAUUGUUUAAGGAGAUGAUACUAGUAGCAAGGCCCUCCAAGCCCUUCACUUACACUGCGAAAGGCUCGGUUCGCCGCGGAGCUAUCAUCAAGGAAUACGAGGACGAGAUCGAUGCUCAGUAUGACGCCGUAGAAGAAAGCGCUCAAUCCAAUAUCCAGCCGCCGGACCAUUGGGAUCAGCAAACGGCCCUUGUAUUCACACGCUCUGUGGUCGAGAAAGUGUUCACCGUCCCUGUCGACGAUGAUGGCGACAUUUUCGAGCACGGAUGUGACAGUUUGCAGGCAACCUGGAUCCGCAACACGAUUCUUCGCGCUAUACGUGACUCUACCAAGACGAACACGCGCAAUGUCAGCAGCGGGUUUAUCUACGAGUACCCUACCAUCUCGAAGCUCGCGUCUUUCGUUUUGACGUUGGCAUCCGGGACUGUGAACGGUACGACCGUCGAUCCCGCAACGAUCGUUCAAGGUAUGCGUGCGAUGGUGGCGAAGUACAGCAAGGACUUCCCCGUACACAAAGGAGGAGUCAAGAGCACCGGCAAAGUAGUUCUUCUCACGGGAACGACUGGAGGUCUCGGCUGCUAUGGGCUGCAGGCCCUCGUCGCUGACCCCACCGUCUCCCGCGUCUAUGCUUUCAACAGACCAGCGCGGAGCGGUGAGUCCUUGCGUGAAAGGCAGAGGGCCACUCUAGUGGACCGAGGGCUUGACCCGUCUUUCCUGGAGUCGAAGAAGCUCGUCUUGCUCGAAGGCGAUCUCUCUGCACCCGCGUUCGGGUUGUCCCGCGAUGUGUACCAAGAGCUUCUCUUCACGAGUUCCAUCGGUGUCGUGCAGAAUAGCCAGGACGAUAGGACUGUCAGCGAGAAGCCCGUAGAUGCCAUACUCGCCAUCGGCAAUGGGUAUACGCAGUCCAAAUGGGUAUCUGAAGAAAUACUGUACAGUGCCAGAGCCCAGACUGCGCUCAAGCCAGUCGUCAUACGAGUAGGGCAGCUAUGCGGAAGUCUCGAUGGGUCGUGGAACGCGCACGAGUGGUUCCCCUCCAUUGUACAGAGUACACCAAAGCUUGGGUGCUUCCCAGACGACGACCAGAAAGCUGCCUGGAUACCACUCGACAUCUCUGCGAAGGCGCUGGUGGAUUUCCUUUCGGCUCCUGACUCCAUCGACACGGUGCAUCUGGUCCACCCGCGACCUGUUUCGUGGCACUCGCUUGCCGUGGUCGCAGCGCAGGAGUUCUCCGUGCCGCUCGUCUCAUUCAAAGAAUGGGUGGCUAAAUUGGAGCAGUACGCCGAGGCCAUAGUGAAGGAGGAUGACACCGGACUUGAUUCUCGCCACACUUCGCAAAGCAUCCAUGCCAUAGAGCUGAUUCCGUCGUAUAAGGCGAUGGCGCAGAAUUCGUCGGGCAGCGGACAUGCGGCGGGUUUGCCAGAUCUCUCGGUGGAGAAGACUAGCAUUGCAUCGCCUACCUUGGCGGAUCCCUCAUUGCCUCAGCUCAGUCCCGCCCAUGUUAAAAGUUGGAUUGCGUACUGGCGCAGGCUUGGUACCUUGCUGUGGUUUAUUGGUUCCGACAAGCCGUCGGGGAUCUUCCGUAGAGGCCAAAACGAAGUGGUGGCUACACUUAUUCAACUAUACCCCUCAACGGCUUACAAACCUACUAUGGACCAGAUGUCUCCCAAAAUGGGUAAUGUCAAAUAUAUGAUCGAGCGCCCGGCAUUCUGGUUUGCAAGCGCCUCACUUUUAAGAGUUGGGUGUCACCUAUUGCUAUCGACCGUCGCCGCAUUUCUUGCAUAUCCAAUUAGUUCUCCUCUCCAUCUCCUUGGAUAUUUCGCGCUUUCCUCCGGGAAUAUUUACACUACACGGCUGCGCACGGCAUCCGGGUCUGCUGUCUCUGAUUCUCUCAUGCAUCGUCGAGGCAUCUCUUGUGUGGCUGAGAUCAGCUCAACAGCAGGUACCCGACGAUGUGCGUCAACUUCUUCAAACCCACGCCCACCUUUUCGCUUGCCCAAGAAGACUUAUGACCGGAUUGAAUCCACCACCAAGUUGCUUGCGGUCGCCGCGGCGAAGGGAGAGGCAAGACGUUCAAAAUACAAGAAGCCGUACAGUGGAGAAACGUCUCACACCGUCGAUUCCAAGAAGCCCUAUCAGCAAUCCACCAUUUUACCAUCCUCGGAAAGGGUUGCCUUUUAUGCAGAGCCGGAGGAACAGGGGGAUCUGCUGUCGGAUUUGUCACAGCUAGAUGUUCAAAAGAGGGAGAGGCUGCCGACUGGUGCAUUCGUAGAACUCCGGAGGAGCGCAAUCACGGUACAUGGUGUCAUUAUAUGGCAAAAACCUACAGAGAAAGGGUGGCUGAUGCACGUCCUCGUGCGAUCCGGAGAAGUCUGGCUGGUUCGCGAGAGCGAUGUCAUGUUUGUGGUCCCUGACUUCGUCCAACCUGAUCUCAUCGCGCAGUGUGGACCCGAGAAUGUGGAUGCCAAGUCCCACGAGCUUGCUGCUCGCGUUCACAUCCUCAAAAAACUACGGAACUUUGACCUAUCGCUCGAGCGUCAGUCUCCCGAGUAUUGGCAGAAGCUCAACAAGCUGUAUACUCAAUUCAAGUCGUCGGAUCCCACGCAGUGGGCGUCUGUCACUACAAACCAGGUGUCCCAGCUAUUAAAUCCCGAAGCAAAAACUGCUCCCGUUGCCACCCAGCUCGUCGUGCAUGAUUACAUGUUCGACAAGAGCAAGUACUUUGAAGCGGACCAGACACAUUUUCUGACGACGAGGACUUUUUGGGUGCGGCCGCAGCAACAUGUGCAAGACAUCGAGGCCGUAGACAGGAUGAUUUCACAAAGAGAUCCCGUUCUAGACGCUUUCAUCGAGAAGGCACGAGUCGUCAUCACUGCUGCACGGCAACGAGAAGCCGGGACGCAAAAUGGUCAUCCCACCUUCAAGGAGGACCCUCAGCACGGCUUCACCGCAGAGGACUUGGUCAUCAUUCGAUGGUUUUCCGACUCGUUGGUCCCACGCCGGACAUUUCAGGUUGACCCGUAUACUGUGUCGCAAUCAUAUAUCAUCAAGAAGCUAGGCUUGUAUAUGGACAAGGAGGUCAACGAUUCCACGAUUCACGAGUUCCUCUUCGAACUUGGUGUUCUUCCACCAUGGGAAGACAGGAUCACUCGGCACUCUUCUCUGGCACGCAAGAGUCAGAGUCGAACGCUGACACUGGAUGUUGUGGACGAUUCAUCGUCGCCUCGCAGUUUAACACGAUCUACAGCCGGUCAACCUCUGGGUCCCGAAGACUUCUACUCGCAGGAUGCAGUCGACUCGUUGCGGCAUGAUUUUGGCAAUAUGCCCGUCUAUGUCAUUGAUGAUGUCGACGCGGAAGAGCUCGAUGACGGUAUCUCCGUCGAAUCCAUACCUUCGGAACCAGGAAACCACUGGCUUCAUGUCCAUAUUGCGGAUCCAACGUCAAUACUCCCCCCCACUCAUGUAUUCGCCCAUCGUGCGUUCGAGCAGAUGGAGACGGAGUAUCUUGCCGAUCGCUCGUACCCUAUGUUGUCAGGGGGGAUGCUGGACAAGAUCAGUUUGGGGUCAUGUGAAGGCCAGCCCCAGCGCGUUGUGAGCUUCAGCGCGAAGGUCGACCCGGAAGGCAAUAUUAUCGACUACAAGGUCCGUCCUGGCAUCGUCCGCAACGUGCAUAUUUUCCAGUACGACGCAGUCAAUGAUGCCAUGGGCUGGAGUUAUUACCCCUACAAAAGGCCGUUCGGGGGAGAAGCACCUACCGUUCGUCCUCGCCAGUCUCUUCACCUCACACCAUCGGUUCGGGAUGACCUACACAAGCUUGAAAUCGUGCAGGAGGCACUUACCCGCGGCCGCCUACGCAACGGCAUGCUCACGUUCGGAAUGCCCUCUGCGCAACUCAGUCUUAACCCAAAGCCACUUCCAACGGUACCGCCACUCGGCGUGGCGCCACGCAUCUGGUCAGGGUUCCCGUCGGUUAAUUAUGCAGUGCAAGAAGUUCGCACAUUCGAGUAUGGCGCGCGCUUCGUCGUCGCCGAAAGCAUGACUACGGCGGGGCGCGUAGCAUCGCGCUUCUUCCGUGACCGCGGGCUCCCCGCCUUGCGACGCACCUCGCUGCCGCCGACGCCGCGCUACGAGGGCGCGUACGAUGAGGUCAUGGCCGCACGCGACCCACAUGGUUCCGUGGACUCGUUCAGCCCGCUGCGAUUCGCGUUGAUUUUCAACCCGGCGGAGUACUCGAUUGAGCCGGGGACGCACAGUGUGCUGGGCAUUCCCGAGGGCGAGGGCUACAUGCGCAUAACGUCGCCGCUGCGGCGCUUCCCGGACCUGCUCGCGCACUGGCAGAUCAAGCACGCGCUGCUACACCCGGGCGAUCGCGCGAGCCCCCCGUUCUCGAACGAGUGGCUGCUUGCGUUCGCGCGGGAACUUGUGCUGCACGAGGAGCGCAACAAGCGGCUGGUGAGGGCGCAGCAUGCGUACUGGGCGCACCAGUUCAUCCGCCGCUGGAUGGCUGCGCGACAGAGGGGAGAACCUGCGGACGGGUCAGACCCGCUGGAUAACCUAGUCGCGUGGGCGUUUGCGCCCGCGGUGCGCAACGCGCGCGAGCAGUACUGGCAGCAGUUGGUGAUGCUGCCCGGCUUGGGGCUAAAAGGGAUGCUGGUAGGUCUGAAAGAGGAGAAGGCACAGUUCCCCAUUCCUGGCGUGGUAGACGUCAAAAUAGAGAGGGUGGUGGUGGGAUUGAGGCCUUCGGUCAUAGUUACGCAGCGAUAA